AUGAGAUUCCGCGAUGGCAUGUGGCUGGUGAACGACCGCUUCACAGUUCAACAUGCUGAAGAAGUUUAUACUGUCACACCUCGCGAAGACGACAAGGCAGUCACGCUCCUGUGUCCAAGUAGGAAGAUCUUCACUAGGGGCGACACUUUGAAUCUGAGCACUAUCUCCAUCGAGAUUGAAGCCCAAUUCGAUGGCGUUAUUUCUCUCGAAGCCACGCACUUCGUUGGUGCCAGACGUCUAGGUCCAGACUUUGAUCUGUACCCAGCAGGCAAACCUGACUGCAAGGGCAAGAUCGCGAAAAACGAGAAAGGGACUACAGUUGUUUCAGGCGGACUGAGCGCGACUGUUAGCUCUAAUGAACAUACAUUCGAUAUCAAAUUUCAUGCAACGGAUGGGUCGAAGACGUUAACUUCACUUCUCAACCGCAGCGUUGGGCUAGCGUACUCACCAGCCCUCAGCACGCCCAAGCUUGUGGAAGACUUGAGUGCGCACAAACAUUAUAUGUUUACUCAAACUGAGUUGAGCGUCGGUGAGACUAUCCAUGGCUUGGGUGAGCGUUUUGGUGCUUGGAAUAAGAUUGGUCAGAAUGUUGAAGUUUGGAAUGAAGAUGGAGGUACUUCGAGCGAGCAGGCGUACAAGAACGUGUCAUUCUGGCUGAGUUCAAAGGGUUAUGGCGUCUUCAUCGACACACCCGAUAAGAUCGAUAUGGAGAUCGGCAGCGAGCGAUGCUCAAGGUUGCAGACCACAGUUGAAGGGCAGCGUUUGAAAUGGUAUCUUAUUUACGGACCAAGUCCUAAAGAAGUACUAACCAAGUACUCCAUUCUUACUGGCAAGUCGAACAGAGUACCGGCGUGGUCGUACGGCCUCUGGCUCAGCACAUCGUUCACGACAUCCUACGAUGAGCAGACUGUUCGUCAUUUUGUUGAAAAGAUGUCUGAUUCCAAGAUACCAGUCGAAGUGUUCCAUUUUGAUUGCUUUUGGCUUCGCGCUUUCCACUGGUGCGACUUCAUCUGGGAUCCCGAAAGCUUCUCGGACCCAGCGGGCCAGAUCAAGCGCAUGAAGGACGACGGGCUUAUCACUAAAGUCAGUGUUUGGACGAAUCCCUACAUUGGCCAAGCAAGUCCUGUGUUCAAAUUUGCUGCUGAGAAAGGCUAUCUACUGAAGAAGACGAACGGAGAUGUAUGGCAGUGGGAUCUCUGGCAGACUGGCAUGGGCAUUGUCGACUUUACAAACCCCGACGCUUGCGACUGGUUUCGCGAGUGCAUGGAGAAACUGUUUGAUGUGGGCGUCAACUCUAUCAAAACGGAUUUCGGCGAACGUAUACCCACGAAGAACGUUCAGUGGCAUGACAAAAACGUGGACCCAAAUCGCAUGCACAACUACUACGCAUUCAUCUACAACAAGCUAGUCUACGAGGCAGUGCAGAAGCGGGAAGGUGAGCAUGAAGCAAUAUUGUUCGCACGCACAGCGUGUGCAGGAUCACAACGAUUUCCACUGCACUGGGGCGGUGAUUGCGAAUCGACACCUGCAGCGCUCUCUGAGUCGGUGCGCGGAGGUCUGAGUCUUGGACUUGCAUCCUUCGCGUUCUGGACGAGUGACAUUGGUGGCUUUGAAGGCAGUCCACCACCUUGGAUCUACAAGCGCUGGGUUGCAUUUGGGCUGCUCAACUCGCACAGUCGACUCCACGGUUCAAAUUCGUAUCGCGUGCCGUGGUUAGUCGACGACUCAUCAGCUGAGCCCGAAAACUGCACUGAGGUCCUCCGACACUGGGUGCAGCUCAAGCGUAGCCUCAUGCCAUACCUCUAUGCGCAGGCUGAAGAGAGCAUCGCUAAUGGCUGGCCUACUAGUGUUCGUGCGACAGCUCUUGAGUUUCCAGAUGACCCAACAUCCUGGUAUGUGGAUCGCCAAUUCUUUGUUGGCAGUCAGAUUCUGGCUGCCCCUGUCUUCGAAGAAGACGGCAGCGUUGAGUAUUACCUGCCACCCGGCCGUUGGUUCAGCUUCUGGGACGGCAAAGAAGUACAGGGUAGCCGAUGGAUCAAGGAGAAGUAUGGCUUCCUCCAAUUGCCUUUGUUCGUUAGAGAAGGCACUGUCCUGGUGCUUGGGCAAGCAGAAGGGAAGGGCGGCUUUGGCUAUGACUGGCUCGCUACUGGCGGCGAGAUCAGACUGUAUGGCGUGAAGGAAGGUGACAAAGCGACUCUGGUGGAUACCAAUGGUGACCAGAAGGGUGUCCUAGAGGUCAACGCUGAUGGUGAGCUCAAGGGUAUGGAUGUACUCGGUGGGGAUUGGAAGAUUUCGAAGCUAGGUUAG